AUGGGAGGUGUAUUAUCAUCUGUGUUAGGAGGUGGUGGAGAAGAAGCAGUCGCAGGGAAUGAAUCCGAAAAUCGCGUCAUGAAGUUCAGCUCAUCGGCUCGGUGGCAGCUUCACUUCAACGAGAUCAAAGAAUCCUCCAAACUGUUUGGGGUUUUGACUUGUGGGAGAAAAGCUGGUGGUGACUUCUCAGCAUCCUGGUGUGGACCUUGUAGGAUGAUCGAGCCUGCCUUCAUUGCCAUGUCUGCCAAGUUCACUGAUGUUGAAUUCGUCAAAUUGGAUGUCGAUGAACUUCCCGAUGUGGCUAAAGAGUUCAACGUGACGGGGAUGCCAACUUUUGUACUGGUGAAAAAUGGUAAAGAGAGAUUGAAAGGAUCGUUGGAGCAAGGGAAAGAUGAACUUGAGAAGAAAGUUCUCAAACACAGGGCAUAGUGAUCCAUUGAGUUAACACACCUUCACCGGAUAUAGCCAUUGUGUAAAACUUAUUACUAUUAAUAAUUGGCUUUGUUGAUCCCUCUUUCUCCCUUCUGUGUGAUUGAUUGAAACGGUUUACUGAAAAUGUUUUUGGCUCUGCCCUAUCAUAAUUAAGUUUAUGCAUCUA